UCUCAUGAUCCUGUGAGCGCCUCUAGGUGAUUUAGCGUCGCCAGUCCGAAGCAGGUGUUCAACAUGGCGAUCUCGGGACUCGGAUCUCACUCUAUUUCACUCUUUUUCUGCGUGGUUUUAGCAACAUUUCUGCAUAAAGGAGCCGCUCAGACCAUAUCAGUGCAGGGUCAGAACCUGGUGACGAAUAAUGUCUCAGUGGUCGAGGGCGAGACGGCCAUCAUCAGCUGCCGAGUGAAAAACAACGACGACUCCGUCAUCCAACUGCUCAACCCCAACCGACAGACCAUCUACUUCAGAGACGUUAGACCCUUGAAGGACAGUCGGUUUCAGCUGGUUAACUUCUCAGACAACGAACUGCUGGUGUCGUUGUCCAACGUGUCGCUGUCGGACGAGGGGCGGUACGUGUGCCAGCUCUACACGGAUCCUCCGCAAGAAGCCUAUGCAGACAUCACAGUGCUGGUUCCACCAGGCAACCCAAUCUUAGAGUCCCGCGAGGAAAUCGUGAGUGAGGGGAAUGAGACCGAGAUAACCUGCACCGCCAUGGGCAGCAAACCUGCUUCCACCAUCAAAUGGAUGAAAGGAGACCAACCACUGCAAGGUGAGGCGACUGUCGAGGAGUUAUACGACAGGAUGUUCACUGUCACCAGCCGGCUCAGGCUCACCGUCUCUAAGGAGGACGAUGGAGUGGCCGUCAUCUGCAUCAUUGACCACCCAGCCGUGAAGGACUUCCAGGCCCAGAAAUACCUGGAAGUGCAGUAUAAACCAGAAGUGAAGAUUAUAGUGGAAUUCCCAGAGGGUUUGACCAGAGAAGGAGAAAAUCUUGAGCUGACAUGCAAAGCUAAAGGAAAACCGCAGCCUCAUCAAAUUAACUGGCUCAAAGUGGAUGAUGAUUUCCCCUCCCACGCCGUGAUUACUGGCUCUGAUCUCUUCAUCGAAAACCUUAACAAGUCCUACAACGGAACAUACCGCUGUGUGGCAUCUAACUUAGUGGGAGAAGCCUAUGAUGAUUACAUCCUUUAUGUAUAUGAUGUUCUCACCACAACCCCCCCACCCACCACUACCACCAUCAACGAUUUCCAAGAUUCAAGACCAGAUGGAACGCCACAGAAAAUUGAUCACGCCGUCAUUGGCGGCGUUGUCGCGGUGGUUGUGUUCGCCAUGCUUUGUCUUCUGAUUGUUCUCGGACGAUAUUUUGCGAGACACAAAGGUACCUACUUCACCCACGAAGCCAAAGGAGCGGACGAUGCCGCGGACGCCGACACUGCCAUCAUCAACGCAGAGGGUGGACACAACAAUUCGGAUGACAAGAAGGAAUACUACAUUUAACUCUGACUAGACCUGCUAGCUUCCUGUGCUGAACAGCAAACUGUGGACUGCUGGGUUGGGAGGUAGGGGUUGUGGGAUUCAAUCAGGCUGGAUUCACACCUGUGCAGCUGAAGAGACGGUGAGGAGAAGGCGCUGCCAUCGAGACGGAUGGGGUGUGGGAUGGCAGAGCACUAGGAGAGCUCAAUUUUAAGCCGCUUCACCAUCCAACACCUCCUGCUGGGGCUGGUUUUGUUCAGUUUAAACAUUUGCUAAGAAUUUUGUGCCUUGUUCUGUUCUUACUGAAGUUCCCACUUUCAUCAGGACACCCACAAGCUACUGUCUCUCCAAACCCACGUUUUUUUUGUUUUCGUUUCAUUUUGGUUUUAAUUGCCAGCAUAUCUUAAAGCUCUCUCUCAUGCUGUUUUUGUCUGCAGGUCUGAAAGAAAGCCACACACAAAGUUUCGAUGUAAGAUUCAGUCACAGAAUGAUCGCUUGGGUUGUUUUCCAAGUAAUUUAUUUGGCAAAUUGCCUGUUGCUCUCCUUAGUCCCUCAGAGAUUGAGUUAGAGAUGAUACAAACCAUUUUUGUUGUGACCAACAACAUUCAGCAGCACUGUUGUGUUGUUGCAUUAUUUAUUAAAUAUACUGUAGGCUAUGUGGUUAUAAUCGGCUUGUGUUGGUAUUAGGGCUGUCAAUUGAACACAUUACUUCAGUAAAGUUAUUAACGCCCCCUGGCCACUAUUAAAAUUUUGUCAAUGACAUGACACCGUUUUAUCUACGAGUAUGAGCGUACACGCAGGUCGCACAUGCGCAUUUAUUUUUAUUUAUUUUUUUUGCGGUAAUUAGUUCCACAAGAUGGCAACCUUGCCCUGGGGCUGCAUAAACAGUACAGAACGGAACGCAUGCAAGCUACAGUGACAAUGGAGGCCUAGAUAGAAGAGGGAUUGUGCGAAGAGGUUAGAAAGUACCCUCAUUUGUAAAACUCUAGCAUGAAAGAUUACAAAUAUAUUUACAUGGUUUGUAACUCGUGGCGAGAGAACUGCGCAUGCGUUGAACGCCUAUGUACGCGUAAGAGUGAAAUGAUAUAUACUUUGCAAGGCUGUGUGUUCGGUAAAAAAACAAAGUAUACUUUGGGCUUUAUUAUUAUUUUUAGGCAUAAUCUUUUAUUAUUUUUUAGAAUUGUUUUCUGCUUUACUGUUUAUUAAAAAGUCAUGUGAUGCAAUUAACAUGCAGAAACAUGGUAUUUAUCAAUUAAUAAUUUGUGAAGUACUUUUUUUUGUCGAGAUUUGAUUUUCAAAGUUAAAAUGUGGUAACAUACCAAAGAUAUUUUGUAUUUCAACAAAAUAUCACAGACGGAAUAUCGGAAGCCCUAUGUUAACGGACAGAUUGACAACCUCAAUUACACAAUGAUUUAGUGUGGACUGUAGGGUGAUAAGACUUAUAUUUAGAUAUAUGGAAAGUAUAUUGUCUACUUAAGCCUAAUUUGAUUAAUUCAUCUGCAUCUGAUUAAAACUUUUAAACGAUUGACAGCCCUAAUUGUUUCUUAGAUAUACUGUAUGUGAUUAUAAUCGGCUUGUGUUUAUAUUCAUUCCGGUUUGUAUCGCAUUAUCCAUAUACCAGCUCCACUCACAGACUAAUUUAUUGUAAUUAUGCCCAAGCGUUAAAAAGGAAUGCCAAAGCGAAGAAGAGCAGAGCGGUUCCUGGCUCAGCUGUACAGGAAGGCCGUCACAAAGAUUUCCCCUUCCACGAAACAAAACAUAUCUAUCAGAGUGUAAAAUAGCUUUCAUUUUUAGCCUGUUUUCAUUCAGUAGGCUCAGUAUGAGGUCGAGGUCAGUGAGUUUCUCCAACUAUUGUUAGUGCUUCUGUGCGCUUUUCAUAGUGACAUUAAAAAAAAAAUUGUAUUAAUGAAAUAGAUGGAGCC